CGGUGUCCCGGGAACAUGGCGGCCGCUCCCGCCGUCGCUUCCGGCUCUGCUCGCAGCCUGACGUGGCGCUGCGGUUCGUAAUGACCGCUGAUAGCGCGCGAGGCGGACCUGUUGUUGCGCCGAGCAGCUGUCGGUGUGACACACCCCGGGGGAAUGUUUAGCUGAAACACGCCUGGCGCGGGGCUCGCUGGGAGGCAGCCAGUCUUCUCCAAGACGCUCAGCCGGACACAGCUCCGCCGCAGCGGGAGGCACGGCACGGCACGGCACGGCAGCACCGGGAGACCGCCGUCCAGCAGGGACCGGGGCUCCACCGCUUCCCCGCACCUCAGCGGAAGUCCCGCUAAUUGAAUCCAUUCGCCCGCCGUGAGAGCCCCCCCCCCCCGCCCCCCCUCCGCCCCCCGAUCAGCCGGGAGACGCUGCUAGCAGCAUUAGCCUAGCUAGCCGAGCUAGCCUAGCCUAGCCUAGCUCAGCCGCCGGAGCGGCGCCUCGGACAUGCGGCUGAAGGUGGGCUUCCUCCUGCGGAGUCUGCUCGUCGUCGGCACGUUCCUCGGCCUGGUGGUCCUCUGGUCCUCGCUGUCCCCGAAGCCCCGCGAUGAGAGCCCGUUCGGGAGGAAGGACGGGCCGGCGCCCCCUGGAGGACCGCUGCAGGACCAGUUCCGGCCCGUGGUGCCCUGGCCUCAGGUGGAGGGCGUGGAGGUGGACCUGGACGCCAUCAGGCUGAAGCAGGAGGUCAAGCCGGAGGAGGCGCGGCAGCAGCAGGUGAUCGGGCAGCAGUACGCCACCUUCAGGCCGCACACGCACGCCUACGACGCCCCCGUACUGAAGCAAGGUAUCCUGGGAAACUGCGAGCCCCAGGAACCCGAGCCCCACGGGGUCCCCGGAGGUCCCGGCGAGGACGGCAAGGCCCUGGUCCUCGGUCCCGAGUACAAAGACGCCGUCCAGGCGUCCAUCAAGGAGUUCGGCUUCAACAUGGUGGCCAGCGACAUGAUCUCCCUGGACCGCAGCAUCUCCGACCUCCGCCACGGACAGUGUAAGUACUGGCAUUACGACGACAGGCUGCUGACGUCCAGCGUGGUGAUCGUCUUCCACAACGAGGGCUGGUCCACCCUGAUGAGGACGGUCCACAGCGUCAUCAAGAGGACGCCCCGGAGGUACCUGGCCGAGAUCGUCAUGAUCGACGACUUCAGCAACAAGGAGCACCUGAAGGAGCGCCUGGAGACGUACGUCCAGCAGUGGAACGGUCUGGUCAAGGUCUUCCGGAACGACAAGAGGGAGGGACUGAUCCAGGCCCGGAGCAUCGGCGCCAAGAAGGCCACCAAAGGACAGGUGUUGAUUUACCUGGACGCUCACUGUGAGGUCGGAGUCAACUGGUACCCCCCCCUGGUGGCCCCCAUCUCCAGAGACAGGACCGUAUGCACCGUCCCUCUGAUAGACUAUAUCGAUGGUAAUGAGUACAGUAUGGAGCCCCAGCAGGGGGGCGACGAGGACGGCCUGGCCCGGGGGGCGUGGGACUGGAGCCUGCUGUGGAAGAGGGUUCCUCUGAGCCCCAGAGAGAAGGCCCAGAGAGAACACACCACCAUGCCUUACCGGUCUCCGGCCAUGGCCGGGGGCCUCUUCGCCAUCGAGAGAGACUUCUUCUUCGAGCUGGGCCUGUACGACCCCGGCCUGCAGAUUUGGGGGGGAGAGAACUUCGAGAUUUCCUACAAGAUCUGGCAGUGUGGCGGCCAGCUGCUCUUUGUGCCUUGCUCGAGAGUCGGUCACAUUUACAGACUUCAUGGAUGGCAGGGGAAUCCUCCGCCGGCACACGUCGGCUCCUCGCCCACGCUGAAGAACUACGUCCGGGUGGUGGAGGUGUGGUGGGACGAGUAUAAGGACUACUUCUACGCCAGCCGCCCGGAGACUCUCACUCUGGCCUACGGAGACAUCGGCGCUCUCAAACGCUUCAGAGAGGAGCAUCGCUGCAAGAGCUUCAAGUGGUUCAUGGAGGAAAUCGCCUACGACAUACCACUGCACUACCCCCUCCCCCCCAAGAACGUAGAGUGGGGAGAGAUUCGAGGCUUGGAGACGUUUUACUGCAUCGACAGUAUGGGACACACUAAUGGAGGCAAUGUGGAGACAGGACCCUGCCACCGGAUGGGAGGGAACCAGCUGUUCCGUAUCAACGAGGCCAACCAGCUGAUGCAGUACGACCAGUGUCUGACCAGAGUGGCGGACAACUCGGUCAUCAUCACACACUGCGAGCACAAGCAGCACAACGAGUGGAAGUACUUCAAGGACCUCCAUCGCUUCACCCACAUCCCAACAGGGAAGUGCCUGGACCGCUCCGACCUGCUGCACAAGGUGUUCGUGUCGGAGUGCGACGGCAGCCGGAGCAGCCAGCGCUGGGAGAUGAACAACAUCAUGGCCGUGUGAGGGGGCGGGGCCGUCACACCCAGACUCCGCCUCCUCUGCCCGGCAGCCAAUCGGCCGGCAGCUGAUUCUCUCGCCUACCAAAGUGCCCAUUUGAUUGGUGGAGGAUCCGACCGCAGCAUGAAGGCUGCUGGAGGGAUUCCAGAGGAUUCCAGAGGAUUCCGGAGGAUUCCAGAGGAUUCCAGAGGAUUCCAGAGGAUUCCAGAGGAUUCCAGGGUUCAGGCUGAAAACCAGCGGGUGGAGUCGGAGCUCCUCCUCUUCCUCCUCCUCUUCCUCCUCCUCUUCCUCCUCCUCCACCCUGGUUCUCUGAUCAACGCUCAACCAAUCAAUAACCAAUCAGUAAUCAUGUCGUUCUGGACGUUCCAGAUGUUCUGAUCUUUUUGAAACGGUGUGAAAAACAAACGUCAGCGGCUGAACGGAGAGAGAGAGAGGGAGAGAGAGAGCUGAAGAAAGGCUCCUCCUCCUCUGCUGUUCUUCCUCUCCACUUCCUGCUUUCUGGACUUCUGUGGAGCUCUGUGCUCUUCCUGUCCUCUUCCUGUCCUCUUCCUGUCCUUUCAUUUAAAAUGGACAAACUCCGUGGCUGUAGUUCCGGUUCCCGCCACCAGGCAGCGUCCCGUCGUCUCUGACGCUGUCAGGAGGAGCAUGGCUCUGCUCCGUCAGGGUGGAGGAAGGGUGGAGGACACUGGACGGUGGACGGUUGGACAGCUCAUGGAGAAGAAACACUCCUUCCUUCUCUCUCUCUCUCUCUCUCUCUCUCUCUCUCUCUCUCUCUCUCUCUCUCUCUCUCUCUCUCUCUCUGGAUUCUGGAGGAAUCCGGUAGUCGACCACUUUCUGUGAGGAGCCUGGACUUCAGGGGCGGGGUUCCUGGGGUUCUGGACUUCAGGGGUGGGGUUCUUGGGGUUCCUGGUCUUCAGGGACAGGGUUCUUGGGGUUCUUGGGGUUCCUGGUCUUCAGGGACCGGGUUCUUGGGGUUCCUGGACUGCCAGGCCGACGUGGGGCGGGUGUUUUCCAGGGAAGCGGGUUUUCGCGGUGAUGCUGAUCAUGGAUGGAUGUUUUGUACGAUGUAAAUAAUUUGUACGGUGACGGCGCCGCCGGCGGAGGAGCGGAUGUAAAUAUCUAACUUAUGGCAGAGUCUAAUGAUGUGGGCCGGACCGGGGGCGGACCAGACCAAUAAAGACCCACUUUUACUACC